CGCAGCGCGCCUGCGCCGUGCCCGCCCGGGCUAUAUAGGCAGCGGCGGAGCGGGGCCAGUGCCGGGUACGGGAGCGCUGCCCGGGUCUCACCUCCUCCCUUCCCGUUGGCGGCUGAAGUCAGGUCCGGUCUCCCGUUCUCGGCGGCGAGGAUGGAGGCGGUGGUGCGACGCUGCCCGUUCCUGGCCCGCGUCUCGCAGGCCUUCCUGCAGAAGGCCGGGCCCUCCCUGCUCCUGUACGCCCAGCACUGCCCCCGGAUGAUGGAGGCGGCUCCCCCGGCCGCCGCCCGCGCCCUGGCCACGUCCGCCGCCCGCGGGCAGCAGGCGGAGGAGGAGAAGACCCCCGCGGCCCGCCGGGAGGCCAAAAAUGCCAAAGAGGUGGCCCAACAGAAUACAGAUGGAACCCAGCCACCUACUGGCCACCCACCUGCUGGUGUUAGCCAGAGCUCUGCUACCAAAUGCCCAUUCCUGGCAGCUCAGAUGAAUCACAAGAACAGUAAUGUUUUCUGCAAAGCCAGCCUAGAACUCCAAGAGGAUGUGCAGGAAAUGCAGGCGGAGAGGAAAGGUACAGAAUUUGCCAAAAUACCAACUACUUCCACACUGAGGAACAUUGAGACUGAGGGAGAAGAGCGGAGUGGCUUGCUCAAGAAGUUUAAGGAUAUUGUGCUGAAGCAAAGACCAGAAAGUGUGUCUCAUCUGCUUCAGGAUAACUUGCCAAAAUCUGUAUCCACCUUCCAGUAUGAUCAGUUCUUUGAGAAAAAGAUAGAUGAAAAGAAGAAGGAUCACACCUACCGAGUAUUCAAAACAGUCAACCGAAAGGCACAAAUCUUUCCCAUGGCAGAUGACUAUACUGAUUCUCUGAUCACUAAGAAAGAGGUGUCUGUCUGGUGCAGCAAUGAUUACCUGGGGAUGAGUCGUCACCCUCGCGUGUGUGGAGCAGUUAUGGAUACACUGAAACAACAUGGUGCUGGAGCAGGAGGCACAAGAAAUAUUUCAGGAACAAGUAAAUUUCAUGUUGAUUUGGAAAAAGAACUAGCUGAUCUUCAUGGAAAAGAUGCAGCACUGUUGUUCUCAUCUUGCUUUGUAGCCAAUGACUCCACUCUCUUCACUCUAGCUAAAAUGCUGCCAGGCUGUGAGAUCUACUCUGAUUCUGGAAACCAUGCCUCCAUGAUCCAGGGGAUCCGAAACAGCAGGGUGCCAAAACACAUAUUUCGCCAUAAUGAUGUCAACCAUCUUCGAGAACUAUUGAAGAAGUCUGAUCCUUCUACCCCUAAAAUUGUUGCAUUUGAAACUGUUCACUCAAUGGAUGGUGCAGUCUGUCCUCUGGAAGAGCUGUGUGAUGUGGCCCACGAGCACGGGGCAAUCACUUUUGUGGAUGAAGUGCAUGCUGUGGGGCUAUAUGGAGCUCGAGGUGGUGGUAUAGGAGACCGGGAUGGAAUCAUGCACAAGAUGGACAUCAUCUCUGGAACGCUUGGCAAAGCAUUUGGUUGUGUAGGAGGAUACAUCUCCAGUACAAGUUCUCUGAUAGACACUGUUCGUUCAUAUGCUGCUGGCUUUAUUUUCACAACGUCCCUGCCACCCAUGCUCUUAGCCGGUGCCCUAGAAUCUGUCCGAACUCUGAAGAGCACAGAGGGGCAAGUUCUGAGGCGCCAGCAUCAACGCAAUGUGAAGCUUAUGAGACAGAUGCUGAUGGAUGCGGGCCUUCCUGUGGUGCACUGCCCCAGUCACAUCAUUCCAAUAAGGGUUGCAGAUGCUGCUAAAAAUACAGAGAUCUGUGACAAGCUGAUGAGCCAGCACAGCAUCUAUGUCCAAGCAAUCAACUACCCCACAGUUCCCCGUGGAGAAGAGCUGCUACGUAUUGCCCCUACGCCUCACCACACCCCUCAGAUGAUGAGUUAUUUUCUUGAAAAACUGCUAGCUACAUGGAAGGAUGUUGGCCUGGAGCUGAAACCGCACUCGUCAGCUGAAUGCAACUUCUGUAGAAGACCCCUACAUUUUGAACUGAUGAGUGAACGGGAAAGAUCCUACUUCAGUGGCAUGAGCAAACUAGUAUCUGUCAGUGCAUGAAAGUAAUGUUAGUUGUAUUCUUGUCUAGUUCUAGUACCCAGUCAGUAGCAUUUUUAAAUUGCUUAAUAAGUAUUUUAAUCAUAGUUGAAGCACUAAGCUCUGAAAAUAAAUUUCUAGAGCCAUUA